AUGCUGGUGCGGGCGCCCGAACUGGACGCAGCCAGUCGGGGCCACGGCGAGGGGAAAAAUGCCGGCGAGGCCACAGGGGAUGAGCAGGGCGGCGGGCGAGCAGCGAGGCCGCGGCGGAGCAGGCAGGCGCGGCCGUGGGGGCGCAGGAGGAGCGGAGCAGCAGCGGCGGGACAGGGGGCGGCCGGGGUGAGGCCACGACGGGCGCAGGCCUCGGCGGCCAGAGCGAAGGAGGGGGCCGCGGGGGCGCGGGCCGGCGGCCAGGUGCGGGUGUGCGCGACGGGGCAGAACGGGGCGAGGCCGGGCGGAGCUGCGGGAGGAGGUGCGGUGGCGGGGCGGCCAAACGCACGAGCAGGGGCGGAGAGGAGCGCCGGCGGCGGGGCGAGGCCGGCGCGCGGCUGA